UAUAUUUCUUAGAUGUCAAUAUGAGAGGCUAAUUUUUUUAUUUUUAUAUGACUGACAAGAAAAAUGAAGUUAAAAAUGAGCAAGCCUUUGAUCUGGAAUCUGAAUCAGAACUUAGAAUUGAGAUAGAAGAAGAAAAUAUUGCAUUUUUAACACUCAAAUCUGGGACAGCUGAAAUUUUUGGUAGUGAAUUGAUAUUAGACAAACCUAUAACAUUAAAUCAUGGUUCCAAAAUUGCUGUUUAUACAUGGCAUGGCUGCAAUAUUUUACUAAGGGUUGAAAAUAUUAUAAAAGAAAAUAGCCACAUUCAUAAAUUAAAUGUAAAUAAAGAAGAAAAUGAUGAUGACAAUGUUGAUAACAAAAACUUGAUUGAUUAUAUAGCUUAUAUAUCUAAAGAAACACCAAAUAUUUGUUAUGCAAAUACUCAUGCAGUUUUAGAAAGGAUGAGAAGGUCAGCAAAAGAAAAAACCACAAGAGGUCCAAGGGUUAUGAUUGUGGGGCCAGUUGAUGUAGGUAAAAGUAGCUUAUGUGCUUUGCUAUUGAAUUAUGCAGUUAGGAUGGGAUGGAAACCUAUAUAUGUAGAUCUUGAUGUUGGACAAGGUUCGAUUUCCAUACCAGGAAAUUUAAGUGCUAUACAAGUUGAAAAAACCAUUGAUAUAGAAGAAUCAUAUUACUUAUAUUCAAAUACUGCUUCACCAAUGGUUAUCCAUUUUGGACGUAUUUCACCUGGCGAUAAUAUUAAGCUAUAUUUACACUGUAUUACAGUUCUUUCUCAGAUUGUUGAAAAAAAGUGUACUGAUAAACCGAGAGGUAUCAUAUCAUGGUUGGGAAGUCAAAUAUUGAUCAAAUUCAAUUAUAUGUUCUUAUGA